CUCGUCAUAGGACCGAGGCGUCAUUCCGUCCGUCGUCGUCUCCGAGAAGCUUCAACCUGCACCUGUCGCCAUGAAAAGUUCACUCACAAUCCUUUUUUGCUGCGUUUUUUCAGCACUGGCUCAAGAUCAACCCCCUGCGACUGUGACUCCCGCAAAAGAAUUCUUUUCCACAAGCGAACCGGAACCUUCCGGCAACCAAACGACGCCCGCGCCCGUGACCCCGGCCCCCAUCGUAACGACCCGUCCUGUCCCCGCAACAACCGAUGCUACGACCGGUCCCCUGCCCCCAACAACCAACACUACGACCGGUCCCGUGCCCCCGACGACCCACUUCACGACCGGUCAUGUUCCCACAGCAACCAACGCUACGACCACCCCUGUCCCCACCACCAAUAUGACCGCCGCACCAACCACCACCGCACCCAAGCCCACGCCGCCCAGCGACUUGAGUGCCGGAGACUACCGCCUGAUGAAGGGCAAAGCCGUUUGCCUGAAGGCCCGCGUGGCCCUGCAGAUCCGACUCGUGACACCAAAGGCCAGCGGGACGUUCAUCGUCCAGCCCAAUAAAACCCAAGCUGUCGGGGAAUGUCGGGAGAACACGGCCAACCUCACGCUGGUCUUCCAGGGGGGUUUCAUCACCUUCAUUUUCAACAAGAGCGCUGAAGAAAACAUCGCCUACGCUAACGCGUUGUUGUUCAGCCUCGUCUACCCCUUAAGCACAGCCGGCGGACACUACGCCGCCAACAACCGGUCGUUGCGCGCCUUCCCUGCGAAGAUCGGCCACUCGUACUCGUGCAGGAGCGAAUCCGUUUACAUGGGGAACGGAUUGUAUCUGGACGUCAAGGAUGAUCGGAUGCAGGCCUUCAAUCUGACCAAGAGUGAGGAGUUUGGUGUCACCGACCACUGCGUGGCAGACCAGCCCGAUUACAGCGUGGCCAUCGGGGUGGGCGUGACAUUGCUGGUGCUCAUCUUGGUGGUGGUCGUGGUGUACCUGCUGGGCCGCAAGAGGAGGACGGAUGGCUACCAGUCCCUGUGAGGCCCUUCGCCAAGGCGGAGCCCCAGAAAUGUGUGGGUCUUUAUCACCCACCGACCCAUCCCUGUAUAAAAUCCUGAUCGACUUGCCCUAUGUAUGUAUGUAUGCCCAAUGUUUGCAUUGUUACACAUUAAGUUGUUUCAAAUAAUUGUUUUUUUGUUGUUGUUUUUUUUGUUUUGUUUUUUCUCCUCUCUCUCUCCCAUAAGUGCUCCUUCGAGUGGUUCCUCCACAGCCUAAUAGAUUUUUUUACGAUGAAUCCACUAAAAGGGAUGGGCCAGGGUUGCUUUAAGCGAUGGUAUGCCUGCAAUAUUGUCAUAUGUCCUAAUCAAUAAUUGUAAUCCGCGGUGAGGUUGUGAAUGCAUACAUUCUAUGAAUUAAGUCGGAGCUCCGAUUAAGUGGAUGUUGCUUGCUGCUGUUGAAUGCACAUGCUGUAUGUAUGUUGUAUUAAAGUGUCUUUUCAAAUGUUACUAGUUGCAUUGAGUUUAAUGAGGGAUUUUUAUGUCCAUGCUGUUUUGUCAAGUCUUUAUGCCAUUAAAGAUUGAUCCAUUGUC